UUACCCAAUUCCACUCAUCUUGCUUCUGCUAUUCUUCACACCUACACCAACACAGAGAGAGAUAGAUAGAGAGAAAAGAAUGGCUUGUGUAGCUGUAAAUUCUCUUAUCCGAACAUUAGAGCUUGAGUUCUUGCAACCUCACCCUCGUCCAAUCCUACAACAAAAGGAAAUCAUCCCUUUUAACAAAGAUCUGAUCCAAUCUCUCCACGCAAAACUUGGUUUUCUGAUACAACUGUUAGACGAUUUCAGAAUGGAUGGUGUUGAAGCAAUUAAAGACUUGGAAACAAAGCUCAGAGAUGUAGCUUUCGGAGUAGAAGAUGAAAUUGAACUCCAUGUGGUAGAUCUCUAUGAAAAUGAUCUCUGUUAUAAUUUGGUAGAUCUCUUUAAAGAAGCUGACGAGGAAAUGGGAGAAGGGGACACUGAAGCCAAAAAAGCCCAGCAUUCUCAUAGACUUAGAGAUGUAUUGCAACAAGCAAUAGAAGACAUUGAUGCCAUUAAAGAAGAGCUGGAGAAAAUCAUGAUGGAGUACAAGCAUGUCAUAGCUGUGCAAGGAAGCUGGGAGACUACACUUGAUGAUGAACUUGUCAAGAUAGACGGUUCCGGUUCCUCCAAUCAUGCUUCACACACUAAGGACAUAAUGAUCGGGAAAAACAAUGAGUUCGAGACUAUAAGGGAGAUGUUAAUACAACAUCCAUCUAAGCAACGAGAAGUUGUCUCAAUUCAAGGUAUGGGAGGAAUCGGCAAGACAACGUUAGCUAGACGAGUUUAUGAAGAUCUAUCUGUUGUCUCCCACUUUGACAAGCAAUUAUGGGUUGUUGUAUCACAACAUCACAAUAAGAGGCAAAUGCUCUUAGAUCUUCUUGGUUCUAAAGACAAUAUGAAAAACUGCAGGGAUGAGGAGGACCUAGCAUUACAGCUCUACCAAAGUUUGAAGUGUCAAAGGUACUUGAUAGUGAUGGAUGAUGUAUGGAGCAUAGAGUCAUGGAAUGAUGUUAAAUCUUGCUUUCCAGAUGAUAUAAAUGGGAGUCGAGUAUUGUUGACUACUCGCGUCGCAGAGGUGGCUACUUGUAUUGGCUCUACCAAUUACUUCUCCCAUCAAAUGCAGUUCUUAGAUCAAAGUGAAAGUUGGGACUUAUUUCAUAAAAAGGCAUGCAAAUCUCAUGGUGUUGAAUUUGAGACAAUUGGGAGGCCAAUUGUUGAGAAAUGUAAAGGACUGCCUUUGGCAAUUGUUGUGGUAGCAGGUUUAUUUUCAAAACUCAAUACACUAGAUGAGUGGAAGAAUAUUGCUAAUGCUCUAAUAAGUUCUUCAACAUCAACUCUAGAUGAUGAAGAAUGUUGGAGAAUCCUCUCAUUGAGUUAUAGUCACUUGCCUCAUAAUUUGAAAGCUUGUUUUUUAUAUUUAGGAGUUUUUCCCGAAGAUUAUGAGAUCAAUGCUAGCAACCUUGGAAGGUUAUGGGUUGCGGAAGGACUUGUAAAGGCAUUCAAGAAUGAGAGUUUUGAAGCUGCGGCUAAAAGGUACAUAAAUGAACUUAUGGAUAGAAACUUAAUUCUUGUAAGCAAAAGAAGUAGUUGUGGAAGAAAAAUUAAAGAGUUCAGGAUACAUGAUUUAUUGCAUACCUUUUGUGUAAGAGAAGGUCAGAACAACAGUCUUUUGUAUGUUGCCGACGAAAGUGGUUCCAAUUUCCCUCAGAAAGGUGUUCGUUGGAUAAGUGUGUCAUUUAAAGAUUUUGACAUCUCUGCGUUACAUUCCCUGUCAAAACACUGCCGGUCCAUCUUUUAUUUUAAGUUUUCGACCGUACGUCCAAUAAUUUCGGAAUUUUUCAGCCUAUUGAGGGUAGUCUAUGUUCCUGAACUCCAUUUUCAAACCAUAGGUAUCCAUUUGAGAUACCUAUGGUCACCUAGGGCACGUGACUUUCAUGAUUCAUUAUUCUCCAACGCUUGGAAUCUUCAAACAUAUAGUGUGUAUGGCCAUCGCCACAAUAUUGGAUUGCCUCAUUUGGAAUUUCCACAACUACAGUAUAUUCACUGUGCUGAAUUUUUUGGAGCUUUUCCCGAAUCUGUUCAUCAAAACUUGCAGGUCAUUUCUAGAUUGAAUGCUAUGCAGAAUUGCGACCAAGAGUUGUUAAGAAAAGUUCCAUACCUAAAGAAGGUAUCUAUUAUUAUAGACAAAUCCGAUGAUUACAUUAAGGACCUUAUCUGUUUACAGCAGCUCGAAAGUUUGUCUCUUUUUGCUCGUACAUUGGACCUUCAAAUUCCGGAGGAUAUGAUGGCUCAAAUCAUUUACAAUAUUCUUCUCUUGAAAAACAUUAGGAAGCUGAGCUUUGAAUUUAUGAAAUUUGAGUGGAAGGCAAUUAAUGCUUUGAGCAAGUUACCAAGGCUUGAGGUGCUCAAGUUAAUGCUUUCUGACCUUGGCGAAAAGUGGGAACUACCAGAGAAUGUAAAAUUCCGCCAGUUAAUUUGUUUGAAAAUUUGGUCACAUGAUCUCAAGCAUUGGGAAGUUGGUGCUGAUAAUUUCCCAAAACUUGAGCGCCUAGUGCUUUACAGAUGCCCUCUAUUGAAAGAAAUCCGGAAUAGCUUUGCAGAAAUUCCAACAUUGAACUUAAUCGAAUUACAUAGUUGUUAUCCUUCUGCAGUGAUGUCAGCCAAGCAAAUUCAGGCUGAGCAGCAUGACUAUGGAAACGAGAAUAUGGUUGUCAUUGAGAUAAACACAACACAGCCUUGCUCUCUUGAAGAUGACUCUGAUGAAGGCGAGUUUGAUGAAGAUGAAGAGUAGAUGAUGCAAAGCUAUAGCAAAGAAAGAGUCUAAAGCUGCUAAUUAAGAUGAUGGGCCCACAUAGAGCCAAAAUCCAAUAAAAGAAGGGUGUGGAAGAGCAGAUGGUUUUUGCAAUAUAAUUUUGGUGUUUGAAAUGGUUUGUGGUUCACAGCUUCGUUCUUCAGCUGCAAAUUAGAAUAGGGUAUACUAUACAUUACUAUAUUACUGUCUUGUAUUGCAGGCCGGGCUGCUUCUAGGAAUGAACAAUAUAUAUAAUCUGCUGGAUUUAAAGCUUGCUAGAUAUAUGGAUUUAAGAAUUGUAAAAAUAUUUUGAUCUAUCUCAUCUGAUCAACAAUAUUAAUAGUGAUAGUGAAUUCUCCUCAACUUCAA